UCACAUCCACACUCCACGGACGCCACAGCCGUCCUCGCACAAAGGUUCUCCUCUUCCUUCGCCCCAGCCACGCCUAAGCCCCGCACACAGGUUCUCCCUCUUUCUUCCUUCUUCCUCAGUUCCUCCCAUUUUUUUCCUUUUUUUCUUCCAACCUCGGUCCUUCUCCUCCUUCUUCUUCUUUCUUUUCUGUGCGCCUGCCUGCCCCUGCCAUGGUGAGAGAUUAAAAAAAAAAAAAACCAAACUGCCGGCGGUUUGCAGUUUGAGAAAAUCCCAAACCGAAAUCGAACCGUCUAAACGACGGUUUCGGUUCGGUUUGUGUCCGAUUUCGGUUCGAACCGUAACCGCCGGUUCAUAAACCGUCGAACCGGCGGUUCGAACCGACGGUGCGAAACCGAAUGGGCAAGUCUAGUUCACGGGUUCAAGAAUAUUAAACCGAAAACAAACCGGAAAAACUCGGUCUAGUUCUGGAGGGAGUUUUUCCCGCCAUUUUCCUUGCCUGCGUCGUCAAGGCGAUAGGUUUUGUUUAAAUCAGGACAAGGCGUCGAACACCGGAAGCACAGUGAAUGAGUGAGGGGAAGCCAAAACCAAGGAGAAAUGCUCGACUGAUUCGAACUAUAGGUUGCCGAUCCAUCAUCGUUUGAAGUUUUGUGGGUACAGAUUCAGAUUGAAUUCCAGCACUCGUUAGUCUUGCAAAUGGAAGCCUACGGAUCCUGCCGGAGAUCUUCGCUUUCGUCCGUCGAUAAUAAGGCGUCCACUAUCCCGAUCUACCGCUCGGCGCCGGAGCUUGAAGUGCGUCUCGAAGAUUUCGAGAUUUACGCAGUUCAACGCCUUCGAGUUCUAAAAGGGAUUUCAGAUGGACUGUCACGUGGGAAGAAACCUAAUGAGAUGAAAAUUUUGGUAAAAGAAUUGUGGGAUGCUCACAUGAGCCAUUCAUUGGAUGCUCACAUGAGCCAUUCAGAAGCUUCUGAGGUUACGAACAAAGACAUAAUUUCUCAUUUUGUUUUGCGGCUCGUCUACUGCAGAGAGGAGGAGUUGAGGAGAUGGUUUCUCUCCAUGGAAACUACACUUUUUCGCUAUCGUUUUCUAAUCGAAACUGUUGAUGCUCAGAGAGCAUUAUUGGCGGAGUUUGAACUUCCGUAUAAAGUUGUUAACAACGUAGAAUACGAGAGUGUCAAAGACAAACUAAACCAAGUACUACGCUCCACCGGUCAAUCUCCCAGUUCUGAUACAGCAUACUACAAGGUGCCAUUUGAACAAGUUCCGGAUCUAGUAGGAAGUCGCCGUGUAUUUAUCCUGAAGGGGUUUGCAUAUGUUGCAAUGAACCAGGUUGUUUCCCUCCUUGUCACACAAUACCGAAGCUAUCUUUCAAAGGCACUUGUAUUGACAAACAGAAAAUGGACAUCCAUGAUCAGAGAGCAGGAAAAGGACCGGCUGACUCCUAUUGUUGAGGCCCUAUCAACAAGUUAUUUCGGCCCAGACUAUAGCCAGCCAAAAGACUCCACAACGGUAUCCUUGAAGGACAUUGAUCAAUUGGCCAAGAGUUCCUUUCCUCUCUGCAUGCGUCAUUUGUUUGAAAAGCUUAGAGAGGAUCAUCACCUUAAGCAUGGAGGGCGUAUGCAACUCGGUUUGUUUCUCAAGGGUGUUGGACUAAAUCUGGACGAUGCCCUUGCAUUCUGGAAAGCAGAAUUCUCCCGAAAGGUUGGUGCUGAAAAAUUCGACAAGGAAUAUGCAUACAGUAUACGGCAUAACUAUGGCAAAGAAGGGAAGAGAACGGACUACACACCCUAUUCAUGCCAAAAAAUAAUAUCUUCAACACCUGGAGUUGGAGAUCAUCACGGCUGCCCUUAUCGUCAUUUCAGUGAGGAGAAUUUGAGGGCCGCACUUUGCAUGAUGGGAGUAGGCAAUCGUGCAGUCGAAAAUGUGAUGGAUAAAGUUCGAAACAAACACUAUCAGCUAGCAUGCACCUUGACAUUUGAAGCUGUUCAUGGUACAUCCUGCGACGCAGGAAUCAACCACCCGAAUCAAUACUACAGCGACAGCCGAAAAGCCUUGGAAUCAAGGGCAUCGACAAAGGGCGCUUAGGAAGGCGUGUUCUCGCCACCGAUCGAUCUCUUGAAGUUGAACCAGCCACCGAUCGAUCUCUUGAAGUUGAACCAGCCACCGAAGCUCAACACAGAAAGUGUUGGACACUGAUUCGGCGGAGGCUAUCACAAGAAAAGAAAAGAAAAGAAGCUUGUGUAAUCCUCCUCUGGUUCUUGCUCCGACACCAUCUAUUAUUAUUAUCUACUGUGCCGCAGGAGGACGGGAAUAUUUUGUUUUGUUUUGUUUUGUUUUGUUUGUAUAUAUUAUCUCUCUCGCUCUCGUAAGUUUAUUUUUGGCUGGGCUGGGCUGGGCUGGUGUCUGUCUGAUGAUGCUUCUUUUGUUUUUAGUUUUGGAUUCCGCGGCGUUUGGUUUGGUUUGGUGAUGGAAUGGGAAUAUGGGAUGGGAUGGUAAUGAGGAGUACUUUUGUUUGAUUUUUCAGUUGUUUAGUCGGAUCUAAUCAAUAGCACUGUGAAAUCGAGUGUUGGUUUUGGUGUCUAUUGUUUUUUAAUGAGCUUGCUUGCUUCUGUUGGUGAUUAUUUUCUUCAUCUUAUGAUUUAUUGGGUGGUAUGUAAGGUAAGUGUUCCAGUGAAUGUCUGUAUCAGAUGGAUGGAUCAUUCUUGUUGUAUUAAUAUUAUACUCCACAUGUUUAUUUAGUUAGGAAGGCGUUGAACUUUUGUUGUAAUUAAUAUGGAUUUAUAUAUAUAUAUAUGCUCAUCCAUCUAAAGUGGGUAGAAUUUCUUGGUGGAUUCGUUCAACAUUCAGUCUAAUUGGUUUUGAUUAUUCACUUGGUGGUUUCAUUCAUAUGUUCAUAAAUGGGUAAUUGCUCUCUUGUACUUACCUACCUACCUUGUAUAUUUAUUUAUGUUUUUUCUUCUUAUAUAUGCUUGGAGUUGGAGUUGGAGUAGUCAUAGUUAGUGCCUUAAGCAAGCAAGUAUAGUAUAGUAUAGUAUAGUAUAGUGUUAUUCUUGUUCAAGUGAUUAAUAAUAAAUUUCGGUCUGUAAAGGAUUUGAUUGCUGGCUAAUAUUAACUUAAAAAAUUUACGAAAUAAGCAAGCAAACGGUGAGAGAGCAUCAAUUGCUUCGACUUUCAAACCAAACCAAACCAAUCUCACUUGAUUCUUUUGUUUGUGUUUAGAUAUAGAUGCAGCUGCUGCUUUGCUGCCGGUGAUUGUCACAUUAAAAUUUAUUUCUCUUCUGAUGUCAUUGGUGUCACCAAUUUUAGCUGCUGCUUGUUGUGUAAGUGUUGCUGCAAAGGAUACAACUAUAACUAUAUAUAGUAAGCAGAUGAGAUCAGAUCACCUCACCUCACCUCUGCAGCAAUUCACCAACCUAACCUGGAUGGGAUAAUCGUGGCGUGGCGUGGCUGGGGAAGAGAAAUCGGUUAAUUGGCUACAUGAUCGAGGUGGCGGCAACAGUCCGGUGCCACUGUUGAUCCUGCCUUUGCCUUUCAGGAGAGCCAUCCGUCCGUCCGUCCAUUAAAUGCUCCACAGUCAGUCACCCCCACCCCUCUGAAGGGAAUGGUUGUUUUUCAAGGCACCUAUCUUCCGGGGCGAGUCCUGAUUUGGUGUUCCAACUACAUGAUAGUGAUAAUGCAAUGCAAGGAUAUUUGUCAAAUUUGUCGAUUCGAAUUCCAAGUUUGUUGCCUGCUUUUUGAUAUUGGGGUUGCAGCCGCCGCCGCUGCCUGAAAAGCUGCUGCUGCUGCUGCUCGCCGGCUAUUUCUUUCUUGCGACAUUGUGCCUCAAAACUUGUAGGACUUUCAAGAGAGCAGUGGAGGCAUAAUUUUUCUUUGAGAUUCCGAAGUUUUUGGAUUAGGCCUUAAACUCACUAAUGCAGACCGUGUAAUUGGGGUGAUCCUGCAUGGAAUCCAAGAUUUGGAGAUGAUGAGUGAAUGGUUCGAUUUUCUUAAAGUGUUUCUCCCUGGGAGAGUUUGCAUGUGUAUAUCUGCAAAGGCAAUGGCAAUAACCGGCAUUGAUGACGGAAGGUAUUGGAAUUGGGUUCCGACGGAGGAGUCAAGCUAUUAGAGACUAUUGAGAAGAAUUUUUGCGACAUUGUCCAUAUGUAUGUUGCUGAGAAAGAGCUUCCUCUUGACAUGGUGAAAAAAUGAUUAAAAAAAGAAGCCUGAUCUUCACGUAAGAGGGGAAGAUAUUGAUUCUAAUAGAUACUUGGCAAGAAGCUUUAGGGGGUCCGAGAGCAAGAUAUCUCCAAUUCUUUGCAGCUUAUCGGGAAUUAUUGGUAUGUCAUGCUAGCUAGCAUAUUCUUGACUCGUCAUUUGAUUUUAUUUCAAAUCUAAUUGCCUAGGUCUAGGGGUGAGCAAAAUAUCCGAAAUUCGAAAAUUCAAUCCGAAUCAAACCGAAAUUUAAAAUUUUGGUUGAGAUUUUUCGGAUUGGAUCGGAUUGAAUUUUUAACAAAUUUCGAAUUUUCGGAUUGGAUCGGAUCGGUAUACUUAAAAUUUGAACCAAUCCGAAAUCUGAAAUAUAAUAUUUUAAUAUAUUUUUUUAUUAUAUAUAUUUAAUAUUUUAUUAGAAAAUAUUAUAUUUUAAUAUAAAAAACUCAAAUUUAUUAAUUAUAUUUUAAUAUAUUUAAUUUUUAUAUAUUAUAUAUUUAAUAUUAUAAAAUAAUAAUAAAAUAUAAAAGAAUUUAAAAUUUUAAAAAAUAAUAAUAAAAAUAUUUAGAAUUUCGGAUUUUUCGGUUUAGUUCGGAUUACGGAUUUUCAAAUUUCGGAUUUCGAUUAUUUUGGUUUGGUUCGGUUCGGUUCGGAUUAGUUUUUUCAAAAAUUUCGGAUUUUCGGAUCGGUUUGAAUUUGACAAAAUCCGAACCGAAAAUCCGAAUGCUCACCCCUGCUUAUCUAUGUAAGAUGAUGUCAAUUUAUUUCUUUUUAUGAAGACAAAUUUGGUUCGAGUGGA